AGCCCCUUAGCGGGACUCUCUCCAGCAAACUGGAUCUGCGCUGGGCGGCUCCGGAUGGGAGGAGUCUUAAGGGCGGGGGCUGUAGUCUAGCGUGACCACAGCGGGCUCCGAGGAAGGCGGAAGGAGCCCAGGGGGACGAAGCGGCUUCUCGAAGCCGAGCCCGAGGAAGGCGGACAGCUUGGGAGUGGAGCCCCGGACCCAGAGCGGCCAUGGAGGCAGGGCUGCUCCUGCAGUUCUGCAACUGGAGCACGCUAGUGGUGUGCAUGGUCAUCAAGUUCCCUCAGAUCUUCGCCCUGCUUUCCGCCAAGAGCUCGCGGGGUCUCAGCCUGAAAAGUUUGGUUCUGGAGCUGGCUGGAUUCCUUGUGUUUCUCCGCUACCAGAGUUAUUAUAGCUACCCUCUGCUGACCUACCUGGAGUACCCAAUCCUCAUUGCACAAGAUGUUGUCCUCUUGCUGUUCAUUUUUCAUUAUAAUGGAAGCAUGAAGCAGGCCAUCCCAUUUAUUGUCAUAUUUCUGGGUGGGUGGUACCUCUUGACUCUUCAGAAGUGGAUAAUAGACUUGGCAAUGAAUUUGUGCACCUUUAUUAGCGCUGCCAGCAAGUUUGCCCAGCUUCAGUACCUGUGGGAGGCAAGGGAUUCCGGUGCAGUAAGUGCCUUGACCUGGAGCAUGUCUGCGUAUACUUGUGCAACAAGAGUAAUAACAACUUUAAUGACCACACAGGAUCUUAUGGUUCUUGUCCGUUUCCUGAUCAUGCUGGCUCUAAAUAUAUGGGUAACAGCUACAAUACUUCGCUACAGGAAAACUACAAAGGAUGAGUAACAGCAUCUCCACACAGAAAAUAACUCAAACUGGGGCAAAAGAGAAUUAACUUAUUUUCUCCAGCAUGACUGAAGCAAGGCCAUUUGGAUUUUAAAAUCAGUAUGAUAAUGGAAGUGUGGCGACCAUACUAUCUAAACACAUUUUUCUACUUUUCAGCUUGAAGCUACAAAGUAUGUUCUGUUCCCAUCUUCCCUGAGGGAAAAGAGAUUUGAACAGGGUGAGCUGGAAUUGUAUGCCAGAGAUUUCAGUUUGUUAAGAGCCAGAAAGGAUCUUUUUGGUCAUCUAGUCCAAAUCUGUCCAUUUAAGGAGAAACUGAGGCACAAAGAGGAAAAAAAGUCAUUUGACUUUAAGAUCGUGACUUGACUCCUUGGCCAGUGUUUUUUCCAUUGUAGCACUUUAGCCUCAGUUUGUCAUUAAACAUCUCACUGUGCCUUGGUCAUUUCCUAAAGAAAAUUACUCUUGCAGUUACACGUGGCAAUUCCAUUAUUGUGCCUGGUUUCACAUAAGGCCUCCAUUAUUUGAAGGAACACUUAUACUAUUAUCUUUACUGGAUUUUGAAACUAAUGGGCAAGACCAGUUUUUGUUUUUUUAAAAACAAAUACAUAAAAUUUAGGUGGAAGGGACUUUUCAUUUUACAACCUAGAAAAGGGCAUUGAGGUAACCAAAGAUAACCAAAAAACUAAUAAGGAAUUUACUGAUCCCAUAGUUUGAGUGAAGGUAGAUGAGCUCAAGGGAGGAUAAAUGUCUGGCCCAAGGGCCAAUCAGUAUUAGACCACAGGCCAUACUAAAUCAACAGGGCUUGGGGUGGUGGUGGUUGUGCAAUGAUUGGUUCAAGGAUGUAAACAUGAGCUUUCUACUAUAUUCAUUGCUGCCAUUUUGGCAUAAUUCCUUCUUAUUUGACCCUAUGUAAAAUAGGUCCUCAUUGCAUUGCUUGUGUGCAUGCAAACUUGGUUUUAAAUGUUUAAAUUUAAUCAGCAUGUAAAAUAAACAUUCAAAAUUUGAAUAUUAUUUGGUUUAAAACUCUCGUGAAUUUCUGGGAAGGGGUCAUGACAUAUUUCAAGAAUCUGUAUGGUUACUAUCUAUAACUCAGUAGAUGUUCUUUAAGAGAUUGGGACAGGGCAGCUAGGUGGCACAGUAGAUAAGCACCGGCCCUGGAUUCAGGAGGACCUCAAACCCGGCC